AUGCGUAUGAGUGUGACUAUGAGUAAAGCCCAUAACGCCCCUAAACGAACUGUUUCAUUGCUUAAUAUGGAAGGAGAUGGCUCCGUUCCCCGAGAGACUGGAUUGCUUCACGCAGGAUCCAUAAACAUGAGUUCUUAUUUAGGGUCAUUGAUUGAUCAUGAAAUCUGCAUGGGGAGGGAUUGUAUAAGGAGAAAGUUCUUAGGAAACACCAGACACUGGAAACAUAAAUCUCCAGGAUCCGACGGGAUACAUCCUCGCGUGCUCUAUGAACUGGCAGGAGUCUUCACUGCUCAACUUACAACACUGUUCAACACCAGCCUGGCGUCAGAAGUUUCACAUAUGGGGAACAAUUCUAAGGUCACAAAUCUUCUGGAGGCACUGGAUAUAUGGACAGAGGCACUGAGCCACAAUCUCCCUGUAGGUGUUGUCUUCUUGGAUGACGCGAAGGCAUUCGACACUGCCACACGAGCUCCUCCUAACCCAGCUGUCUACACUUGUAUCAUAAACAAUACUCUAGACUGGAUCCGAUAUUUCCUGACUAGCAGAAGUCAAAUGGUAAAGGUGAUAGUGAUGAUGAUGAUACGUUGUUAUGGAAGCGAAGCCCAUGGACCAAUUUCAGGGCUGAAAAAGAGGGACUUUUACACUCUUUACACUGGCAGGAUAAGGUUCACAAUGGGCGACAACAGCCAUUCCUGCCGUGGGUUUGAAACUCCGACUUUGGGGAACGACCUCUGGCCAAUGGGCUUUGACGUGGACUUGGCUUUGGAUGGACCAGGUGCUCGCAAGGGCCCAGGUGGACCACUCACCUCUGCGGGGCUGGGGGGUGGAGGGCUUAACUCCCUGCAGGCUGGAACCAACGCAGGAGCUGGGGCUUACAAUGACAUCCACCAGCUCUCCAAUUUAUCAUCCAUAUGGCAGAGGUUUGAUGAUCUCCAAGCUGGGGAUAUCUGCCAGAUGACAGACCUGACAAAUUCUCUGGCCAAGGGUGACAGUGAAACGGCUCAGAGCCUCCUCGCAAAGCUAGCUGGGCAGGACUUGGGACCUGAUUUGUCAUCAGGAGCAGACCCCUCACACAAGGAGCUGGAGUCCUCUUUGUUUGACCAAGCACAGGGCAUACCGCAUGGAGGGGCAGCUAAUGGCCAAGGAAUUACUCUAUCGCACAAAUCCCAGUUGGAAUCAGCGGAAAUUUAUGGGCGGAUGACCUGUUAUGGGGGGAAGCUCAUCUUACAGCUGCGUCACUCCAAUGUAAAUACAAACUACACUCUGAAUGUGAGUGAGUGCUGGCUUUGUGGUGAAAAAGUGACUGCAGGGUCACAGCUAUGUACCCACAAACAUUCAUUCAAUGGUGUUUUUCAAGUGAAUGAGGAAUUCAUCCAGUUAGACAUAGACCAUUACAUUCCUGAACAAACGCUUGACCCUCAAGAUGGACAGGAGAUGACAGACAGUGUUUUGCAGCACUCAGACUCCUCAGGGAUGCAUCAUGACCUCGGCAGCACAAGGGAGCUAGAGCUGCCUGAGAACAUCAGUGGAGGAGAUGCUCUGGUGAGACUAACACUCUUGGUGAUAUAUGGCUGGUAG